UACAGCUGCUCACUGAUAUUUCAUUCACUGUUUGCUAUUCUACAGUCUCUGUGAAGAAAAAUGGCUGUUUUCUUGAUUUCGUGUUUUUUGUGCUAUUCGUUUGUUGUUCCUUGGGCGCUCUAGAAGAUGAGCCAGUGUUCUCAAAAUUGAAAUAUGACAAGGAAAUGUUGGAGACAAUGGUUAGAAUGGAAGCUAGAAUGAAGCAAUGGGACAAAGAAAGAAAAAUAUUCGAAGAGAAUGUUUUGUCUAUUUUGGAGCAUCGUAGGGAAGAAAUGCAAGAAUCGUUUUCUGCCCAAAAUGAAAAGUUACAGAUGAUGUUUGAAGACUACAAAGACAUACGCGAUGAUAUAACAAACAGGACUAAUCACCUGGAAGAAUUAGCAGAAACACCAAAAAUUGCAUUUAACGCAUACACAACGUCUGGGGGAAGCUACAGCGACAACCAGAAGAUCAUAUUCCCUAAUGUCCUACUAAAUAAAGGUGGUGGUUAUAGCAAGGACACCGGAGACUUCACAGCACCUAUUGCUGGCUUAUACCAUUUUAGUGCACAUAUCUGCCAUAUCAAAGGUCAAUAUAUGGUUGCCUCAAUUGUCCACGAAGGAAAGGAAAUUGCAAUCACAACCGAGUACGAGAGCUCUGCUGAAAGCUGCAGCUCUCUCAGUGUACCUGCUAUUAUGAAUGUUAAUGAAAAAGUGUUCAUAAAGUCAUCUUAUGGAUCAAGCAAAAUGCAGGCAGAUUCUGAUUACAGGUGGCCAUCUUUCUCUGGAUUUCUUGUAAAUAAGUGAGGUGCAGAGUAUCGUAUGUAAAGCAGUUACCGCUUAAAAAUCUAAAUGUAACUUCCGUUUUUCGGCAUUGACUAACUUCACGUAAGUUUGCUUGUUUCACUGGACAAUGUUUAUUAGUUCAUGUUCAAAAUAACAUAAUAUGUAAUUUAUUACAGGUUUUAUUACAGAUUUAGAGCUCCUUUUUGUUACGAACGUUUACAAUGUAAGCAUGUAUCAUGUUAUGAUAAGAAACUGCUCGACGAAAUAAUAUUGUGAAGGUUUUGUCUAUAUUAUAAAGUUUGUAGAGAAAGCGAAAAUUGUUGUCUUAGGUUUAUUUAUUUACCUAUUUAACUAACACAUCUUUUUUGACAAAAUAAUUAUGUAAAUACAUGUACUUUUAAACUAAUAAAGUCAGAAUAAUGAAUAUUGCUUUAAUUGAUAUUAUACGCGUGGAAGUUUAUUUAUAAUCUUAAAAAUAUUCAAAUUUAUACAAGUAAUUCUAAGAUUUGAAUUUUUAAACUGAUUGUUUGUUGUGAAAACUAACCACGUAUCUAGCACAUCUUUUGUACUUCCGGGCCCAUAUAAGAAUGUUUUCUUCAAAUUUUACACAUGAAUUGCUAUGGUUCAGUAUUACAUGAGUGGCCGAUAGAUAUAGUUUUCAUUUGUUUGAUCUAUGGAAGUGUAGGAUAAAUAAUCCAUAAAACUGUUGUUUUUUUAUUUAGAAAUAUAAGAAAUCCCUAAUUCUUAUCUUUUUGUUUUUCUACUUAGACAAUGAUGAAUAUUGACUAAGACAUGCAGAGUAAUAACAAAAUUGUAUAAAUUGUAUUUGUAUGAAUGUUAUAACUUAACAUUUCUAGUUUGAAUUAUAUGUAUUAAUAUAUACUCAAAACACGAUUUUAAUAGCUCUUUAGCAACAUCAGCUACCUGUCAACACCUAGAUAAGACAAACAUGGUUCAAUGACGGCAUUCAGAAGAAAAUAUCAUUUCAAAUAGAUGCUAAUUACAUGAGAUAAUGUGGGUAGCAAAUUCAAAUCAAAUUUAUACGCAUAAUCUAGAGAGCAAUAGUUCAAAUCAGAUGUUGAAAAGUAUUUUAUUUGCAAAGUGUAAAUGCAUUUAUCACUUUUAAGAAUGUUCAUAUCUGCUUGUUUGUUGACAUUUCAAAAUAUUUCUCUAUAUGCACACAACAUGCUACUUUUCCGUCUAAAAACUUGUUUUGUAUAACAGACUCAAAACAUGUUAACGUGUGUUAUCGUGCCUAUAUCAUAAUCUUUAAUUCCUUAGAAUCAUUAAUAUAUGUGCUGUUAUUUAAUAAACUGAUGAUUGAAAAGUUUG